AUGGUGCAGGAUUAUUGGAGAGAAAUUGGGGCGUGUUUCAAAACGCCGACGGUCAUAAAGUAUGAUGAUUCUUACACGACAGUAGAAUCAUGGGGAUUACCUGCAUUAGCAAAGAGACCGAUUGGUAGAAGACGACUUCUUGAACCCUCACCGAGGCCGAUCGAAUUGUUUAAAUUGCAUUUACUAAAAAGAUCAUUUAGAGAUAGUGGCGAAGCAAUCCUACCAGAUGGAUUGGAUUAUAAAAGAGUUAUUAAAGACUACUUAGAAAAACUAGGCGCAGACGUUGUAAGAACCGUGGGAAAUCAUUGGUUAACGUUGGACUUCUACAGCCAAGUCAUCAUUGUACUUACGGUAAAGAAACAAAAAAAGGAACUUGCAAUUUCCUUUCUGUAA